AUGCUCAGAAAUCAGAUGCAAAGUGGAGCUUGUGCUUCGCAGUCCUUUCAAAAUCCUGAUCAGCUUUUUGAGUCGUUGGACCCCUCUCUCCGCGUGUCUAUGCAGAACUGGCGCUCAGGAUUCAAGAAGGACGUGGCGCAUUUGAUCACGCAGACGGAGCUACGUGAGAAAUACAAGAAGAUUGAAGAAGAUGGCGCCAUCAUGCGUCAGUUUGAGCAAGAGUCAUCUAGACAGUGGCAAUGGCCCCAAGAAUAUUGUGCUUCGGCGCAUCCCGUGCUAGGGAUCGAUGAGCAACAGGAAGGCAUGUCCUACGACAUUGCGAAAGCCUGGUCUACAUUGAGGCGUAAGCAUGCGCUUGAAUGCCAAAAGUUUGUGGUGGAACACCAAAAGCGUGCCUUGGCAUACUACGAAUCCAAGACCGACUACAAGGAGGUUAAGCAACACGUGACGGACAUUGUUACCUUGUGGUAUUCCCAACACUCCAGCUUCAUGUCCCUCGAAACUAAGCAGCAAACUCACCAAAACUGCCAGCUUCUUAUGGACAUGGUUGUGCGUGAGGAGAUCCCUAAGGCAAAGAGCCGCCUGACAGAUGCCGCUACGAGUCGGCAGAAAAAACAGGCGGCCCUCCUGGAGACCGAGACAAAGUUCCAAUCUAUGGAUCCCCAAAUGCUGAUUGCCAUGAUCGAGUUGGACAAACAUUCGAAGCAAUCUAGCCAAGCGGACGGCACUACAGCAAAACAUGUUGAGGUUUGCAAGACCAGUGAGUUGGCCGCGAUCAUCCGCAGAUUCCCUGACUUACAUAACCACUUCCAAAUCAAGCUUGUGGACCAACCUUCGAAGAAGGCCCAGGCUUCGAAGCAGAAAGCUGUCGGACAUUAUGUUACGCUGUACCUCAACAAAGGUGGUAAGUUUAUCAUGGACAAGCACCGCUGCUCACUUCCUGACGUGCUGCGUAGUUUGGAUCAGAUGGCGACAAAACUGCACAAAGCUAAGUUCUUUGCGAAAAAACCGAACGUUGCCAUGAAACGCAAGAAGGCUAACUGUGCAGUCUCCUCGUUCUGGAGCCCCCCACUUGAUGAGGAUGUCUCAGCUCUUGUUCGCCAACUUCGACGUGAUGUUAUUUCUUCAUACGUUGAAAAGCCUUUGCGACGUAAUUUCAUGUGGUUGGAUUGUAAAGCAAUACAGUGGCUGAAGCUGCACAAAAGCGAGAUUGUGAUUGCAACUGCCGACAAAGGUUUGGGUGAUGUUAUGCUACCGAGAUGUUGGGUUUCUGCUGAGCUUGAGCGCUUGCUUCAGACAGGCUUUUGCCAUCUCUCGAACGAGGAGUAUGUGGCGAAAGCUUUUAAAGCACGCUGUACUUUGGAUUCUGCUACCCGACAAAUGGAAGCUAUUGGUGUUCUUUGCCCAAAGCAGUCCAGAUUCAUUUGCAAUGAUCUGUAUUCCAAACGUGAGGGUACAUUCCGUCUCACUGUGAAGCUUCACAAGUGCCCCAUGGUUGGGCGCCCAAUCGCCAACCUUUCGCACAGUUGGUUAGCACCAGCCAGCCUUUUCUUAUGCGAGGUGCUCUCGCCGUUGCAAGACAGGCUCCCACAUGUGGUCGCAAGCAGUGCCGAUUUCCUUCGUGACAUCCCGCAAGUGGUUCCCUUGAACUAUGAAAUCGCGACGAUUGACAUCAAGAACCUCUACCCAUCAAUUCAAACUGAUCACCUUCUGGAAGUCCUCUCUGAUGAUAUCUUUGGCUACUAUGGCAUGAACCCAAAAGCCAAAUACAUCGUUCAUGUUCUUGAGAUUGUGCUGCGAAACCAAUAUGUCAUGCACCGUGGCGAGUGCUUCAGAGCUUUUGGCAUCGCCACAGGCAUACCCCCAGGUGUGUUCCUCGCCAACAUUUAUGUUGGCCACCUCGAUGCCCUUGUUACUCAUGAGCAUGCUGCGCAACUUGCUUUCUACAAAAGGCUGGUUGAUGACACGGUGUGUUGUGCUUAA